UUGCUUAUAAUAAUUAUCAUCCAAGACUUUGGAUCACCCUUUGGUUUCUCUUCAAUCAAAAUGGCACAUUUCUCUGUGAGACUUAAGCUUCUCUCUAGCAACGAUGGAUUAUCCUCGAGAGACCAAUUCCGCCAGAGCCUUUUUUAUAUGGCCGGUAGUGGCUCUCCCUUGGUUCCGGUUCAUAAUAGGAGCCGAUUUAAGUUUGGUGCGAGAAUUUUCUCGUCUUACUCUUUUCCUUUGAAGAGAAAGAACACGAGAGAUUUCGAUAGCACCGAGAAAAAUCUUGGUAUUGACGAAGACAACGAUGAGUGGGAUUUUGAUGAUGGUUUAGAGACUGAUGAUCUGUCUUGCUUCAGAGGCUUGGUUCUUGAUAUUUCAUACAGGCCGGUAAAUGUGGUUUGUUGGAAGCGCGCAAUCUGUCUCGAGUACAUGGAUAAGGCCGAUGUUCUGGAGUAUUAUGAUCAGACUGUUAGUUCUCCUACUGGUUCAUUCUAUAUACCUGCUGUAUUAAGGGUUCCACAUUUGCUUCAGGUUGUCAAAAGAAGAAGAGUGAAAAACUCACUUAGUCGUAAAAGCAUUUUACUGCGAGACGAUUACACUUGUCAAUAUUGUUCUUCCCGUGAAAACUUGACCAUUGAUCAUGUUAUACCAAUCUCUCGAGGUGGAGAAUGGACUUGGCAAAACCUGGUAACUGCAUGUUCAAGAUGCAACUCAAGGAAAGGUCAGAAGACAGUAGAAGAAGCACAGAUGAAGUUACUCAAGGUCCCAAAGGAACCAAAAGACUAUGACAUUGUUGCAAUACCAUUAACAAAUGCAGCUAUAAGGAUGCUGAGAUCGAAUAAGGGAAUGCCAGAAGAAUGGCGUCGGUAUCUGGCGAAACCUUUGUCCGAGCCAUAGCAGUUUCUCUCUCAGGAAUCGAGGAACAAAAAAGGUUCACAGUUCACAGUUACGAAAGGUCGUUCCAUCUCGUAAAUAUGGAAUCGUGGCUCGAUCGCAUAUGUAGAUUCAUCUAGCUUAACUUCAAACUGUUCACAGUUUGUCGUGGACUUGUUAUAAUGUAUGUAUAUAUAGACAUAUAGUACGUAAAUAAUGUCAACCAUAAUAAACUAACAAUCAUGAUUUGAACUCACAAUUCAUGACGUCUGCACGAGGAUCUGGUUAACCUCUCUGAAUAACUUACUGUAUCCGUGUUGCUACUAUACUCCCUCUGUUCCUAA